CUUUUCUCCUCCUCUUCCUCUUCUAUCGCUCGCUCAUCGCUCGGACCUUGACUCCCCUUCUUCUCAUUUCUGAAAUUCCGACUUUCAAGUAAUGGAACAGUCACAUAAGAUUGCCAUAUAAAAAAGAUGAGAGAUGGCCUCCAAUUGAUUCAGCCUCUUAAGGCCCUGUAAUGCAUAAAAUCACUGCAAAAAAUGUCAUUCAAUGAAGUUCUAAAGGAUGUCUUCCCACUUCUGGAUGGCACUGACCUUGCUUCUUGUAUGUUGGUAAGCAAACAGUGGCGAGACAUUGCCCAAGAUGAUUACUUCUGGAAGUGCCUGUGUUUUAAGAGAUGGCCUUCAAUCUGCAAGCGGCCAUCGGCUCCUACUGAAACUUACUACAAGCUGUUUAAAACGUUUUAUAAGCGUCAACACCAAAAAAAGUUACUCCCCCCUAGACUGUCCUUCAGUGACUUGGAAUUCUAUAUUGACAUCUGGUCUGAAGAUAGCUUAAUAUUUUCAGAGGUGAUUGCAGGACCUGUCCUCCAGAAAGGGGUAUGGAAUCCACCACCAGGGAUAUGUGAUGUACUUAGAUUUCACCUGGAGGGCCCAGAGUACAAGAUGACAUUUUCUGUGGAUCCUAGAUUCAGUGUUCCUCUAUGCCAAACCAUUAGCGUGUCCAUGCUUGUUGGUCGCAAGGAUUCAAACAAAGUUGCUUGCAUAAUAAAUAAAUCAGUAUUCGAUUAUAUAGAUCGAACUUCAUAUAGAGCUCUAGCAUUUGACUAUCUCGAGUUUUCUUCAUCUUAUCCUUUUGUGUCGGGUAUCAGGGCAUGGAUGUCUUUACUAUUCAUGGACAAAGGUAGUGAAGAGGUGAUAGAUGUGUUUGGGGUUGAAAUAGAUUUUUGCGACGCUGCGAACUCAGAGGAUGAGGUUCUUUGGCUAUUUGACAUGCUCGACUGGAAUUGAUGGAUCUAGUGGCGAAGGUGUAUCAGCAGAUGUUCAGAUAUUUUCACUUCCGGCUGCCUUGUUAGCAUAGCUGAAUGUGUGGCUGUACAUAAUAAUUAUGUCAGAUCAGUUAUUGUCUUGUGUGCGUACCAUUUCUUUGCUAAUCAUGUGAUAGUCCUUUGUGUAGCCUAAAUUCAGGGUUUUACUCAUUCUUGUAGUAAUUAUAUCAAAUAUUUCUUCAAUUUUUUGCUUUUCGGAAAUAAUAUAUGAAGAUGAGGCUUUUGCCACAUCUCUUAAAAUGCAAUAUAAGUUAGAAUGAAUAAAGGGUGUCGUACCUUGUAUUUUCUA